AUGAUACAUUGGCAACACGACAAUGGCGAAAGAAGACGAAGCCCUUUCCAGAAAAUUGGUGAUGAGCAACAACGCACUGUGGAACGAUACCUUCGAGAUGAUCUACCAUGUGGACUCUACAGUUGUGAACUAUGUUCGCCUUUGGGGAAUAAUCCCUUAGGAAGGAAGUCCAAUAAGGGCGAAAAUGAACUGGUUACCAGUAAUCACGCUAUUAUUGUGGAUUCCGAAGUCUUCAUGCGUUUUAUUGACAUAUUCGACUCGAAUUUGUUCCAGAGCAAGUGUCCGUCAAUCAUAGGGAUUUGGUCCGAAAUUUUGUUCUUCUCGGAUUUUGUGCACCGUUUCAGAAAUAUCAUCAUAACGCAAAAUGUAUGGGAAUUCGUCAAGCAGAAAUCUAUCAAAACCUACAAGAAGAUGAACAAAUUCGUUUACGAAGACAAGGAUCCACGAUUCUCAGUGUUUAUGAGCGAGUUUCAUCACAAGACCUUCGUGCGCCCUGAACCAGGGCUCACGGAUGAUCUACGACGCGAGAAAGUUCUCUAUGUCUGUGCUGAUUACCUCAACAAGCAUUGGGAAAAACGUGGCAUGAUUCCGAUCAUUUUAUGCGCCGAAGAUGAUGUCCGGACAAGGUUGAAGAAUAACUACGAAUACUCGUUUACGGUCAAGGAUUAUGUUCAAGGUAUGCUUAGUGAAAAGAAACGGAACCUAAUUGAUGCUAUGGCGGCGUAUGAUUCUUCGAGUUCCGGCGGUAAAAUCAUCUAUGAAAAUUACUUAUCUCACGAUGAAAUCACUAAAGGCAUCGCUCAGGGAAAUAUCAAAAAGGGGAAAUUUUCCGUAUCCCGUGAGAAUUACCGUGAAGCGUACGUGUUGGUUGAUUCUAGCACGAUGUCUUCUUGGUUCAUCCAUGGAUUAGGCUGUAACAGAGCUAUUGAUGGCGAUAUUGUUGCUGUACAACUUUUGCCUGAAGAAGAGUGGUCGUUGCCAGAAAAGAAAGUUCGUUUACGUGAUGUGGAAGAGCUAGCCAUGAAGGUUGAUGAUGAAACCGAGGCAGAUGAUAAUGAAGAUACACCAAAAGCUAAACGUGCAAAAUUGACUCCAAUCCCCACUGCGAAGGUUGUUGGAAUAAUGAAAAGAAAUUGGCGUCCUUACUGUGGUAUCCUUAUGCGUAGCCAGAUCAAAGGUGGACGUCGUCAUCUAUUCUGCCCCAGUGAUCGGCUCAUUCCACGAAUUCGGAUAGAGACAGAACAGGCAGAUAUCCUUGAAAAUCAGCGUAUUGUGGUGAGUAUUGACCAAUGGCCACGCGAUAGCAGGUAUCCAUUGGGACAUUAUGUCCGAGCACUUGGAAAGAUUGGAGACCGUGAGAUAGAAAAUGAAGUGCUUCUUCUAGAGCAUGAUAUUCCUCAUGCCCCUUUCUCUGAUGGUGUGCUGGAAUGUCUGCCGAGUGAGAACUGGAAACCGGAUUUACAGCCGCCUCGAGUCGAUUUACGUCAUUUAACCAUUUGCUCGGUUGAUCCUUUGGGAUGCACAGAUAUUGAUGACGCACUUCACUGCCGUCCUCUAGAUAACGGCCUGUUAGAGGUAGGGGUCCACAUAGCAGAUGUGACGCACUUUGUUAGGCCUGGCACAGCGAUUGAUGAGGAAGCGGCAAGUCGAGGAACGACUGUCUACUUGUGCGACCGAAGAAUCGAUAUGUUACCCGCUUUGCUGAGUAGCAAUCUGUGUUCGUUAAUGGGUGGUGAAGAAAGAUAUGCAUUCUCCGUUAUUUGGACGAUGACGAGCGAUGCUGAAAUCUUGGAUACCAAAUACCACAAGUCGCUGAUAUGUUCGAAAGCAGCUCUUACCUACGAGAAAGCGCAGGAAUUCAUUGACGACCCCAAUUUGAACGAUGAUGUCACCAUCGGUUUACGAGGCUUGAUGAAGCUGUCUAAGGUUUUGAAAAAAAGAAGAACGGCUAAUGGAGCGUUGACACUUGCAUCAUCAGAGGUGAGGUUUGACAUGGAUUGGGAGACACGUACGCCGAAAGCGGUUCAAGAGAAGAAGCAUCUAGACACUCACUCUAUGGUCGAGGAGUUCAUGCUGCUUGCGAACAUAUCAGUCGCUGAAAAGAUUCUUGCCGAGUAUCCAGAUUGUGCAAUGUUGCGGCGCCAUCCAGUACCUACAGAAGCUAGCUACAAGCCACUCAUUGAGGCUGCAAAACUACGUGGUAUCAAUAUAAACGUGAGUAGUGGUAAAGCUCUGGCUGACAGCUUAGAUCGCGCCGUGGAUGAGAAGAAUCCGAUGCUCAAUCGGUUGUUGAGAAUGCUGACAACCCGGUGUAUGACCCAGGCGGUCUAUUUCAGUGCUGGCACGAUACCGGUCCCACAGUAUCAGCAUUUCGGUCUGGCUGUCCCUAUCUAUACUCACUUCACCUCACCAAUUCGUCGUUAUGCUGAUGUGGUAGUCCAUCGGCUCCUGGCCGCUAGCAUAGGCGCGGACGACAUCAAAGUGGGCCUACUCAGUCAAGCCAAUGUACAGAAGAUAUCGCAGAACAUCAAUUACAGGCACAGAAAUGCGCAAUAUGCUGGCCGAGCAUCGGUGCAGUUGAAUGUGUUGACGUAUUUCCAAGGACGAGAAGAGACGUGCGAAGGGUUUGUCAUGGGUGUGCGAAUGAAUGGAAUACAGGUAUUUGUACCGAAAUAUGGCUUGGAAUCAGUCAUAGUGUUAGAACAAGGAAAGGGAACAACAAUUGACAUCGAGGAUUGCUGUGUUCGGAACGGAGAAAAUGUGAUUAAGGAGCUUGAUAAAGUAAUAGUACGAGUGCGACUGGACGACUCCAACGUGCAAAGGCGUCGAAUAGCGCUCGACCUUCUUGAACCAUCCACAAUGCCUGGCUUAUCUGUUGACUUUGAUCUCUCAGAAUCGAUCGGUGUGGGAAUUUAA